AUGGCAUCCCGACGGACUUCUGGCGUCCUAUGCGCCAAGUUCUUAUCAUUUUUCCUCGUCCUUCUCAUGCUGCAUCGACCGGUCCUUGCUGCGAGUGAUACGAGAUAUGUCCAAACCGUCGAUGAUUCUGGCAAUACGGUCUACCUUGAUGAUGCGAGGCGGCCGGCUCUCUACACGGGCGAUUAUGGUGACUGUUUGGGAGACAGUCUCAUUAACGUGACUCGAUUCGAUGCUGCCUACUAUAAAGAUAACAUGACUGUCGUAUUUCACCUCCGAGGAAAUACCAAUGUCAAGAAUGAGUCUCUCAUGAUGUAUAUUGGCGUGUUCGCAUACGGCGAGAGCCGAUUUACCUUGACAUUCAAUCCCUGUGAUGCUAAUAUCGCCAGUCUUUGUCCUAUGAAUGCUAGCGUUCCAAUUGAAGCCAGCGGUAUCAUUCCAGUUUCGCCGUCAGACGUUGCAGGCAUUCCUUCCAUCGCUCUCACCAUACCGGAUUUUGAAGGGCAAGCUCUGCUUCGCAUCUUUGCAAAUUCGACAGAAUCGGAGGUGGGCUGCUAUUCUGCAGUCGUCACAAAUGGCGCGACCUUUUCUCAUCCCAGCGCUGUGGGCACUGUGAUGGGUAUCUUUACUUUGAUUGCCAUUGUUGCCUCCUUUGCAACUGCCGCAUACGGAGACGACAUCCCAACAAUGCGGAAACAUUAUGCUCAUUCCCUUUCCGUUUUUGUCGUCUUCGCUGUUCUUCAUCAUGUGUUUUUCACUGGUGCCUUAUCGGUCAAUUGGCCCAGUGUGCUGCCGGCUUGGUGGAGCAAUUUUGCGUGGGCGGGCGGCAUGAUCUAUUCAAACCAUAUGCAAAAUGCGGUUGAGAAAUUGACCGGUUCGAACCUCGGCAGCACACUCUCAGUUGGAGCAGCCGGCGCUGGCUACACAACCAACGACGUUGGCGGUGGUUACUCCAUCCGUGAAAUCUAUGGGCGGUCUCUUUCCAAUAUUUACCGGCGCGCGACGCACAACGAAACCGAGCGUUCAUGGUACGGAGAUGCGGUUCGUGAGGGUCUUCCCCUUCCUGGCAAUUAUUCUGGGUUCGCCGGGACUUUGGCACCAGAGAACAUCCCGGCCUCAAAUGCGUUCAUAACUGGGUUUCUCUGGUUCCUCGUGCUCAUUGCGGUCAUAGCGGCAGCAUUUGCAAGCUUUCGGUGGUUGUUGGAGGCGCUAACGGCUAUCAAGCUCGUGAGAAAGGAUCGACUAGGCACUUACAAGCGACACUGGAUUGAAUUUACUGUCGCUGCCGUUUUGCGAGCCUUCUUUAUUGGCUUCUUCAUGAUGAUGUUCCUGACGAUGUUCCAAUUCACCUACAGAGGCUCCCCUGGCGUCACCGCCAUUGCAGCCAUUCUCUUCGUCAUCUAUUUUGUCGGAAUGUUCGCCAUUGCGGUAUUCGCGAUAUAUUAUCGGCUCCGCCGUGGCAACUACCACGCAGGUCCCGAUAGACUCAAUUUUGAAAGAAAGCGGGUCUGGAAGAUUAUUCCUUGGUAUGGCGUCAGCCUGAAAAAUGGCAAAGAGACGGAGAACUCUCAUAAAGUAUUUGCCGGGUCGAUACCGUGGUGGAGCGUUCAACAAGUGAAGGGCGAGUCACAAGGCACCGACAUACAUCAUGAUGAAGAUUAUAUCAGAAAAUUUGGCUGGCUUGCAUCUCGGUUUCGGAGGACAAGGUGGUGGUUCUUUGCUGCCUGGCUCCUCUACGAAUUUGUGCGGGCGUGCUUUUAUGGGGGAGCUGCUGGGCACCCGAUGGUACAAGUUUUCGGCUUGCUGGCAGUCGAGACCAUCGCACUGAUUGCUAUUAUCACGUUGCGGCCAUUUGAGGCAACGCGCUUGAACGCACUCAUGGUUUACUUCUUGGGCUUCAGCAAGGUUCUCACUGUCGCGCUGUCCGCGGCUUUUGACAUACGCUUCAAUCUCGGCCGCAUUACCACGACUGCCAUUGGUAUUGUCAUCAUCGUCAUCCAGGGGAUCUUGGUUGUUCUUUUACUCAUCUCCAUUGCCGUUGGGGCUUUCUCCAGCUCCAUGUCCCUCUCCAGAAAUCGAGCUACCUUCAAGCCCAAGAGCUGGACACCUCUGCGCGAGAAAUACUUCAAACACAUCAACAAAGCCGCCGAUGACCUUCCUCCUCCUCCUCCUCCGCCGCCACCACCAGAGGAGCCAAAGGAACCUUACUUCAACGUCACUUCAUUCCGUCGAUGUCCUAAGAUUGAAGAUGAGGAGGACGAUGUCAUCGCGAGUUUCCCUGAAGAUCCUACGUCCCUGGAAUCUUCUCAACCCCCCAAGACCCGGCCUAGUCGCUCACAUAGUCUUCAGAGUCAGCGCUCAUUCACUACAGUCCCUUACGGUGGACGUGUCCAUCGUGCAAGUUGGAGCUCAAGAGAUUUUAUCGCUUGGCAAGAAGGAAAUCGUCACCGCUCCUCUUCCACGCGAAUCGCAAGUCCACCUAUCACCAUGCAUCCGCUAGAGCGAGUCAGGUCAAUCGACAGCGACGAGAUUGAAAAGCCUCCUGCACAAGAGACGAAAGCAGUUGUCAAUGAGAAGAACCUGGCCGAUAACGCAACGUAG